AUGGACAAUUUCCAAGGAGACUUGACCGACGUCGUGCGAGGUAUCGGGGGGCACAUGUUGUCGCCGGAAAUUUCUUCUCCUCCGAGCAUAUUGCCUCUUCCACAGCCAUCUGUCUCAGAUCUUCACAUAAACCCUUUUGGAGAUCCGUUCGUGAUCAUGACCGAUCCUUUUCUCCAAGAACUCAACACCGUCACAAACUCUAGCCAUUUCUCCACCGCUGGAGAUAACGCCAACAACAACAGCAACAACGGUUUCUUAGUUCCUAAGGUACUGGAACAUGAUCAAAUAAAGAGUCAAUGCAGUAUCUUCCCAAGAAUCCGGAUCUCGCAUAGUAACAUCAUCCACGAGUCCUCUCCGUUUAGUUCUCCUGCCAUGUCGGCUCACGUUGUCGCCGCAGCCGCCGCCUCGCCUAGAGGGAUCAUCAACGUCGAUACAAACAGUCCUAGAAACUGUCUUUUUGUCGACGGUAACACGUUCUCGUCUCAGAUUCAGAUUUCUUCCCCUCGGAAUAUAGGCCUUAAGAGAAGGAAGAGUCAGGCAAAGAAGGUGGUGUGUAUACCGGCGCCGGCUGCGAUGAACAGCCGAUCAAGCGGAGAAGUAGUUCCGUCUGAUCUAUGGGCUUGGCGUAAGUACGGUCAAAAACCUAUCAAAGGCUCUCCUUUUCCAAGGGGUUACUAUAGAUGCAGCAGCUCAAAAGGUUGUUCAGCAAGAAAGCAAGUCGAAAGAAGCAGAGCCGAUCCAAGCAUGUUGGUUAUUACAUAUACUUCCGAACAUAACCAUCCGUGGCCCAUUCAACGCAACUCUCUUGCCGGUUCUACACGCUCCUGCUCCUCUAACCCUAAUUCCUCCAAAUCCUCAACCGCAACCGCUUCACUCAAUGGCCAUCAAAACAACACUCACUUGCCUUCCUCGGCCUCUCCUCCUCUAUCAGCCUCUGCCGUUAAGAAUGAACAAACAGAAGAAGACAUGGAGUUGGAAAACGUAGAAGACGAUAAGAUUGCUUCAUAUAGACCGGAGCUUCAUGAUCAGCAUCUGGCAGAUGAUUUCUUUGCAGAUCUUGAAGAGCUAGAACUAGAAGGAGAUUCUCUAAGCAUGUUGCUAUCUCAAGGCUGCGCCGGCGACCCGAACAAUGAAACGAUAGCGUCCGACGGGAUCAGUGAUUUCUUCGGUUGGUCUGGGGGAAAUAAUAAUAAAGACGAUCAAGAGUCAAAGUCGUUAUAGAUAGUGUUAAUAACUUAACAUAAACAUUAUUUAAGAUUAAGCUGAGCUUGUGCAAAUGACGACUACAGCCUAGUGGUGGGUCAAUGAGCUGGUUACUUGACCGAUCGUUAAAGGUAUAAAUUAUCAUCAUUUGCUAUACCAUUCUUUUUUUCCCCGGCGGAUUCCGUUGUAAGUUAAAAAAUGCCGUUUUCUGUGUGUGUGUUUUUUAAUUUGGUCAAAGACAAUUAGAUAACAUAAGAAACAAAUUUCAAAAGUAUUAAUUGUACGUUAUAUUUUGC